CGCCUGCGCCCUACCGCCCGCCCCUAGCCGAGAGGAGGAGGUGGAGGAGGAGGCGGCUCAGGGAGAACGAGCAGCGAGCUGGAGCGGGGAGCGUGAGUGAAGGAGCCCAGCCGCUUGCCUGCCCGCCGCCGCCUCCCCUUCCACCAUGUCGGCGCCGGCGGCCAAAGUCAGUAAAAAGGAGCUCAACUCCAACCACGACGGGGCCGACGAGACCUCAGAAAAAGAACAGCAAGAAGCAAUUGAACAUAUUGAUGAAGUACAAAAUGAAAUAGACAGACUUAAUGAACAAGCCAGUGAGGAGAUUUUGAAAGUAGAACAGAAAUAUAACAAACUCCGCCAACCAUUUUUUCAGAAGAGGUCAGAAUUGAUCGCCAAAAUCCCAAAUUUUUGGGUAACAACAUUUGUCAACCAUCCACAAGUGUCUGCACUGCUUGGGGAGGAGGAUGAAGAGGCGCUGCAUUAUUUGACAAGAGUCGAAGUGACAGAGUUUGAAGAUAUUAAAUCAGGUUACAGAAUAGAUUUUUAUUUUGAUGAAAAUCCUUACUUCGAAAAUAAAGUUCUCUCCAAAGAAUUUCAUCUGAAUGAGAGUGGCGAUCCAUCUUCGAAGUCCACUGAAAUCAAAUGGAAAUCUGGAAAGGAUUUGACGAAACGUUCAAGUCAAACGCAGAAUAAAGCCAGCAGGAAGAGGCAGCAUGAGGAACCAGAGAGCUUUUUUACCUGGUUUACUGACCAUUCUGAUGCAGGUGCCGAUGAGUUAGGGGAAGUCAUCAAAGACGAUAUUUGGCCAAACCCAUUACAGUACUACUUGGUCCCUGAUAUGGAUGACGAAGAAGGGGAAGGAGAAGAAGAUGAUGAUGAUGAUGAAGAGGAAGAAGGGUUGGAAGAUAUUGAUGAAGAAGGGGAUGAGGAUGAAGGUGAAGAAGAUGAAGAUGAUGAUGAGGGGGAGGAAGGAGAGGAAGAUGAAGGAGAAGAUGACUAAUGGAACACUGAUGGAUUCCAACCUUUUUUAAUUUUCUCCAGUCCCUGGGAGCAAGUUGCCGUCUUUUUUUUCCCCCCUCCCCCCUCUUGUGCUCAGUCUCCCUGUUUUUGAGGUCUCUUUUCUCUCCUUUACACCAUGGUUCUCACCUGAUUUGGGGGGGGUGUACCUUGAGCGGAAUACGGUGGGAAAAGAAUCUCUGCCCCUUUCUGUUCCAAAUUCAUUUUUAUCCCUUCCUGUCUUGACAAAACUUUAUGGAAUCAACACCACCGUGCUCUGUGGGAAAAAAGAAAAACCUUCCGCCUCCUUAGCUCUGCUGGACGCUGGAGGGUGCUAGGCCCCUGUGUAGUCGUGCAUAGAAUUCUAGCUUUUUUCCUCCUUUCUCUGUAUAUUGGGCUCAGAGAUUACACUGUGUCUCUAUGUGAAUAUGGACAGUUAGCAUUUACCAACAUGUAUCUGUCUACUUUCUCUUGUUUAAAAAAAGAAAAAAAAACUUUAAAAAAAAGGGGGUUAUAGAAGGUCAGCAAAGGGUGGGUUUGAGAUGUUUGGGUGGGUUAAGUGGGCAUUUUGACAACAUGGCUUCUCCUUUGGCAUGUUUAAUCGUGAUGUUAACAGACAUCCUUGCAAUUGAAGAUGACACUUUUAAAAAAAAUAAAAUUCUCUCCUAAUGAUGACUUGAGCCCUGCCACUCAAUGGGAGAAUCAGCAGAACCUUGUAGGAUCUUAUUCGGAAUUGACAUUUCUCUAUUGUAAUUUUGUUCCUGUUUAUUUUUAAAUUUUCUUUUUGUUUCACUGGAAAAGAAGAUGAUACUCAGUUUUAAACGUUAAAAGUGUACAAGUUGCUUUGUUACAAUAAAACUAAAUGUGUACACAAAGAA